UCCUGUCAAUGUCGCACCCUGGCUACAUCGAUAUGGUUCCCGGAUCCGGAGCGACGACCGGGAAGACGUUGCAAAGAACUGGUGAACGAAUGUGCCACGACGAACAAUGAGUGCUCACCUAUACGCCAAGUGUACGAGCAUCGACCUCACCGAGGGCUACGCGUGCCAGUGUCUCGAGGGCUAUCGAAUAACGAGUGUGCCUUCAAGCAUCUGAACACUUGUGACGACAACGCGGACUGUGUUGAUACUCAGGAUGGCUACACCUGCCAGUGCUUCGCCGGUUUCAUUGAUGUCUCGUCCAACGCGAAUCUGCCGCCUGGCCGGGUGUGCACGGUACAAACAACUUGUCCAAAACAGAAGACCGACUUGGUCUUCCUGAUCGAUGGCUCAGGAUCAAUCGGUUCCUAUGUGUUCAAAAAUGAGGUGCUGCGAUUCGUGAGAGAAUUCGUUGAACUCUUCGAAAUUGGGCUGGAUCAGACUAGAGUCGCCCUUAUUCAAUACUCGGAUCAAAUCCGCCAUGAAUUCGACUUGGACCAGUACACUGACAAGGCCGCCGUUCUUCGAGCAAUCACUGAAACACAGUAUCUCACGGGACUAACUCGAACCGGUGCCGCUAUUCAGCACAUGGUCCAAGAAGGUUUCAGCGAACGACGAGGAGCGCGACCUCAAGCUCCCGACAUCGCCAGGGUAGCGAUCGUGCUCACCGACGGCCUCACCGACCACGUGUUGGCCAGUGAACUUGAGGCCAUUGCUGGGUCACCGACGCGGUGGUUCUACGUCGACAAAUUCAAGGAUUUGGACACACGCCUCCGUUCGAUGAUUCAAAAAGCGGCAUGUCCUACUCCAGUGAAAACCGAAUCUCCACCUCAAGGCACGUGCAAUCCCCGGACGCAGACCGGGUGCGAUCGGUCGCUCAACGAAUACUGCGCUGAGGAAAACGGA